ACACAUCAGCAACUCAACAAAAAAAAAAAGACGUAUUUAAAUGAACAAAACAUCGUGUGGGCCUUUCUCAUUUCUUAACCACGUCGUCGACACAAAGCGAUCGUUUACGUCUCUCUCUCUUUCUCUUUCAGUCUCCUCAUCACCGACGAAGAUCGCGGCCGAGUUCUCUCUUCAUCAUCGGAAUCUCGUCUUUUUUUUUUUUCACCCGUAGAUCGAUCCAGCUACGAGAUCAACGAUGAAUCCUGAAUAUGACUAUCUGUUCAAGCUUUUGCUAAUCGGUGAUUCUGGUGUUGGAAAGUCAUGCUUGCUUCUAAGGUUUGCUGAUGAUUCCUACCUGGAUAGCUACAUCAGCACCAUUGGUGUCGACUUUAAAAUCCGCACAGUUGAACAAGAUGGAAAGACCAUCAAACUCCAGAUUUGGGAUACGGCAGGCCAAGAACGUUUCAGAACGAUCACUAGCAGUUACUACAGAGGAGCUCAUGGAAUAAUUGUGACUUAUGAUGUAACGGACCAAGAAAGCUUCAACAACGUCAAGCAGUGGCUAAAUGAAAUCGACCGCUACGCCAGUGAGAAUGUGAACAAGCUACUGGUUUGGGAACAAGUGUGAUCUCACAUCACAGAAAGUUGUAUCUACUGAGACAGCUAA